CCGAAGUGGAAGGACGUGCUGUAAUGUGCUCCCUUGCAGGGGCGGUUUCAGCGGCCCGUGUGGGCCGUGGUAUCAGGUGUACUGAAAAGCCGGCUGAAGACUACCAGGUUGUUCUGCCUCAUCUGCCCACAGGUGCUUCUGUUUUAAACACCGUUUUUUUGCAUGCCGAUGUGAAAGCCAGGCCAUAUCGAGUGGAGCAUGUCCGAGAUAGCCUUGCACGUCUUUCGUUGCUGCCGGAAGUGGUGGCCCUCGGGGCAUACCAAAUGAAUCACCUGUGGGCAGUGACGUUUAAGGACGAGGAAGGCAAGAGGAAGAUAUUAGAAGCUGAAGCGUUCGACGUUAAAGACCACCGCUGCAUGGUCAUCGACCCGCGCGACCGAGGUGUCCGACUGAAGCUAUACUGGCUGCUUCAUGGCGUACCGGACGAAGACGUGCGAGUGGCUUUGGCGCCGUUUGGAAAAGUGACGGAAAUUAGCAGAGACAAGUGGAAGGUCAAGGGCUGCAUUGACAAAGGAUCAACCACCCGCUCGGUGACGCUGAAAUUAAAUGUGGGCCUCACUGUGGACGACCUACCACACCAACUGCGUGUUGCUGAGGAUAUGGCGCUCGUCUUCGUUCCUGGCAGAGCGCCGCUCUGCCUCCGAUGCCGUGGCAUCGGACACAUCCGGCGAGAGUGCCGCGUUCCACGAUGUGGGGUCUGUCGUCGCUUCGGCCACGAUGAUUCCCAAUGUGUGCGCUCUUAUGCCAGCGUUACAGGCCCACUCCAAAGGGACGUAGUAUCCGAACACAUGAUGGACGCCGCAGAUGCCGAAGAAGCUAGCAGGGAGGACAACGACGUGGCGAAGACUCCUGCAAAGCCCCUUGAACCCUCCCCAGGAGCUGUCCAGGAAGCGACCCUGGGGGGUGAGCCCUUGGCUGCAGCCCCGGAAACGAAGCCAGAGACCGCGACAUGCGACGCAGGCGUGAACGCAGCAAGCGCGUCAUCGUCACUGCCGCAAGAAGUCGGCCAGGAAGCAACGGACGUCGAGAUGAUUACGACCGGAAGCAUCGCUGCAAAGCGUGCUCACGAAGACACUGGCAAUGCAGGAAUAACUACUGAGUCAGGCACCGGCGAACCUCCAACGAAGGCAUCGACUACGCGGCGGUCUAUGCGCAAACCGCAGCCGAACGUGCCGCCUGGCAGUAGGGUGGCCCCUAAAACGCCUCCGCCCUAGCGGAGGACCCGUUCCAGUAGCCUUCAACGAUGACUACAAGAACCCCACAGCUUCGAUGUGAGUAGGACGCUUGGCCAAGCAACCCCAUGAGAUGGCGUCUAACUUUAAAUCUAGCCUUCGCGUUGCGACAUUGAAUGUGCGAGGAAUGUGUUCGCGCAGGCGGCAGUGCCAGAUUAGUCGCAUGCUUUUAGAGAAUGACGUUGACCUUCUGGCUGUGCAAGAAACAAAAAUUGAGAGUGAGGAGCAAACAGAACAGAUGGUUCAAGUUUUUCGAUCUAGAUACAGUGUAUGUGUGUGCCAUGCUGUUGGACGGUCAGGAGGCUGCGUCAUUUUUAUUCGCAAUAGCAUAUCGGUUGUAGAAAAAGUGUCCACCUGCGAAAGUGGGAGACUUGUAGCAUGUGAUUUUAUUUUUGCUGGUCUACUGUGGCGCGCUGUCUGCAUCUACGCACCGAACAAAAUUCAUGAACGCGAAAUUUUUUUUAAGUAUGCUGAAGGAUUUUUGAAAACAGAACGACAUGUUGUGCUUCUUGGGGAUUUCAACUGCGUCUGUACAGCUGAAGAUAAAACGACGAGCCUCAAAGUACGCGAUAGAAGCGCUGAGCUGUUGAACGCGAUAGUAAAUGAGAGAGAGCUUGAGGACAUUGGUUAUGCAAUGACGCGAGAUGGCCAAGCACGGUAUACGCACUUUCAAGGUGAUUCCCAUGCGAGGCUUGAUAGAAUAUACGUACCGGCGAAGUUUGUACCACUGUGUUCCUCUUAUGAAACACAAUAUCUCAGUUUUAGCGAUCAUAGUUUGGUCUCGAUUACGAUUGGCGAAAAACGAAAGAGUGUCAAGUUUAAUUGGUUCCUGUGGAAGUUCAAUGAAAAACUGCUGCAAGAUGAAUUGUUUGUCACGAGAGCCAAGGAGUAUCUUUCAAAUGCCCUGCAUACGGAAACCAACUGUUUCAUAUCAGUGUGGGAGCAGUUUAAAUGCGACUUUAAAAUUGCUGCCAUCGAUAGAGCAUGCGUAUUGCGUCACAAGGAAAGGCAACAAGAGGAACAGUUACACAGUGAACUGGUGUACAUGUUAGGGGUAGAACAUGAAGUGCCUGGAGCGUUUAAAAAAGAAAUACGAGAGGUGAAAGCGAAACUCGAGUUGAUCGACGAAGAUAAGUACCGCGGCGCAAUGAUAAGGGCGCGCACUGAAAAGUUGUGGCUGGGCGAAACGCCCAAUAAGCGUGUGCUAAGUGAAGAAAAGAAGCAUGCUGCAAAUAAGGAGAUAAAUGAAAUUCGCUAUUACAACAAAAUUACACGAGAAAGCGAAGAAAUAAAACGUGCAUUUGUUGAUUUUUAUACCGAACUUCUUGGAGGAAGAAUUUAUGACCCCGAGUACUUCAAAGCCCACUUUCUAACUCUUAUGCCAAGAUUAGAGGACACGGUUAGAGAAUCACUGGAAUCUGAAAUUACCGUGGCCGAAAUUGAAGCGGCAAUCGAUGACUUGGGUAAUGGCAAGUCACCUGGGCCAGAUGGACUGGGCGCAGCCGUAUACAAAUUUUUUAAGGCAGAAAUGGCAGUGGCUUUACACCGAGUGAUCGCUGAAUGCUAUGAAAAAAAGCAAGCGCCUCUCUCGUUCAGGACAGCGCACGUAGUAAUGAUCCCCAAAACUGACGAUCCUGCAAAAUUACUUUCAGUUGAGUCCUACCGUCCCAUUAGUUUGACCAAUACAGAUUAUAAAAUAUACAUGAAAGUGUUAGCUAGAAGGCUCCAAAACGUUAUUAAGUCCCUCGUUGGCCCGCAUCAAACCUGUGGCAUUAAAGGUAGAACAAUUUUUACAAACAUACACAUAGCAAGAAGUAUUCUGGAAUGUUGUGACGCAAUGCAUGACCGCGUAGCUAUGAUUCAGCUAGAUUUACAUAAAGCGUUCGACAAAGUUGUACAUGAAGUUCUGUUUUUAUUGCUGGAGCACGUAAAUGUUGGAUCUGUAAUUACUGAAGGCGUUAAAAUGGUGUAUCAUGAUUGCACAGCCAAAUUAGUGAUCAACAAAGAAUUAAGUAUGUCAAUUCCUGUGCGGUCGAGUGUGAAACAAGGAUGUGCGUUGUCCCCUCUACUUUUUGCGAUAUACUUGGAGCCGUUUUGUUUACGUUUGCUUGCAACACCAUGUAUUCGAGGCUUCACUUUUUUCAGCAGUGAAGUUAAGGUCUUAGCGUACGCGGACGACAUAGCCGUGUUUUGCACUGAUGCUAGAAGCGUGCAGGAAGUUGUCAGUGUUGCUAAGGCGUUCUGCACAGCAACUGGUAGCGUGAUCAGUUGGUCGAAAUGCCUUGGAUUUUGGCAUGGCAACUGGCAGAGCACCCCCGAGGUGUACUGUAAUAUGAAUUGGACCGUCUCCCCCGGAAAUUACCUCGGUGUCCCGCUAAAUAACUACCUCAAUGCUGAUGAAUAUUGGUCUGAGGAAAAUAAACGCGUCAAAAAUGCUACCGAUAAAUGGGGUGGCCAUAACUUCUCAAUGUUCGCAAGAGCUUCCGUUUGUAAUAUGUUUUUAAUUGCAAAAGUGUUCUACGUGUUGCAAGUGAUGGCCAUGACAAGAACUUCGGUUCAAAAAAUCCACCGAGUGUUUGCGACCUUUAUUUGGGGAUCGCAAUGGGAGCGCACAAGCCGGUGCAAUUUGUUUCACAAGGUGAAAAAUGGUGGGCUAGGGCUCUCACACCUGUUUUUCAAGCAGCUAGUAAGCAGAUUCUUCUUUGUGCGGGACCAAACUGAUGUGUUUUUGAGAACUGUGAUCCAAGCACGAUUGCAGGAUUAUCUAUGUGACUUUGUCGUGUCAUCUGUUUCUUUUGGAGCUGGACCGCUCAGUCCUUAUUUGCGUGAAGUGGUUACUUCUGUACGCCUGCUCAAGGCAAGGUUCUCAUAUGAAUACUUGUGUGAUGUCACGAAAAAGCGUUUGUAUUCUGAUAUUCUCGAUGUAUUUUUACCAUUACCGGUUUACCGAGCUGCCUACAGGCUAGGUCCUGAGCGCGAUGUGCUAAAGCGCGUUAAAAAAAUGCCAGUGAGACCCUCUGCUAAAACGUUCUUUUUUCAAUUACAUACUGACACUCUCCCUGUAAAGCCAUGGUUACAAAGCAAAGGUCUUUCUGUACCUUGGUCGGUAAACUGCUUAAUCUGUAAUAAGCCAGAAUCAAUUGAGCAUAUUUUUAUUGACUGCCAUGACGCCGUAUUUCUGUGGGACGUCCUACAAAGAACACUUAAAAAAGAAUUGCCGAUAAGCCCUUUUGGAAUCCGGUUUCUUCCACGUUCAGAAACAGGGGAAGCGCCGAGUGAUAUGCUAAUGCUGCUUUGCAUGCACAGCGUAUGGAAGACGAGAAUGGACAUCAGACAUUGUCAUAUACAGGCUCACUCAGCAAGACACUAUUUUGUUGAGAGCAUUAUAUACACACGCGACUUGUUCAGAGCACUAUGUGAACCCCCGGAAUGGCUUCCUGUACUAGACCAAUUGGCUUCUGUGAAGCCCUUCUAAACACCUUACACUGGCCGAGCUGUGGCUGGUGUUUUUAGAAUAUGUACAUGUCGUGUAAUUGAUCUUUUUGUUUGCGUUUGUGAAAAGGCAAUAAAGAAAAAAAAAAAAACUCGUG